GAAAAAUAAAAUCCGCCAUUUUGGAUUUCCCGACCUGGUGCAAGAAUAUUCUUGCAAAAGAAAUCGAGAUAAUAGACUAAGAAAUUUAUGAGAAGUUAUGCCUCCCAAAAAGAAGGAAGCACCAACAAGUAAACCAUUAAUUGGUAGGGUUGGAACAUCGUUAAAAUGUGGAAUUGUGGGACUACCGAAUGUCGGGAAAUCUACUUUUUUCAAUGUUUUAACAAAAAGUCAAGCUGCUGCUGAAAACUUUCCUUUUUGUACAAUAGAGCCAAAUGAAAGUAACAAAAUUCCAGCGUUUUUGAAAGUUGUUGACAUUGCUGGUUUAGUGAAGGGAGCACACGAGGGUCAAGGACUCGGUAACGCUUUUCUUUCGAAUAUCAAGGCAUGUGACGCCAUCUUUCAUAUGACGAGGGCAUUUGACGAUGAUGAAGUCACGCAUAUUGAAGGCGAUAUCAAUCCAGUCAGAGACAUGGAAAUUAUUUUUGACGAACUGCGCUUGAAAGAUAUCGAGUACUUGCAAGAUCGGAUAGCAGACUUGGAGAAAAAAGUUUUACGUGGCGCUGAUAAGGCAAAGAAGCCUGAAUAUGAAUGUUUACUGAAAAUCAGGACUAUAUUAGAAGAAGAAAAGAAACCGAUUCGGUUUGCUGACUGGACUGGUAAUGAGAUUGAACUUCUGAAUAAACAUCUUUUGCUGACUUCAAAACCAAUGAUUUAUCUUAUUAAUCUAUCUGAAAAAGAUUUUCUCAGAAAAAAGAACAAAUGGCUUGUUAAAAUCAAGGAAUGGAUUGAUGCUAAUGAUCCCGGAGCAAUAGCUAUUCCAUUUUCAGGAAUAUAUGAAUACAGCAUUCUAGACAAAGAUACUAAUGAGGAAAAAGAAGCUUUUAUGAAAGAGAAAGGAGCUCAAGGUGAGUUUGGUGAUGAGCGAAAAGGAACGAAAGCACCGCAAGCUGCCGGACGAGUACAUGGCGACUUUGAAAAAGGUUUUAUUAUGGCUGAAGUUAUGAAGUAUGUGGAUUUCAAAGCUGAGGGAUCAGAAGCUGCAGCAAAGGCUGCAGGUAAGUACAGACAACAAGGCAGAAACUACGUUGUAGAAGAUGGCGACAUCGUUCUAUUCAAAGCGAACACUGCGGCCGGUUUAACAGACAAGAAGAAGAAGUAAAUCACAAUCAAGAUAUCUCAAUUUUAAUCUGUAAUUUCAAAAUAUUGUUGAAAUGAAAAAAAAUGAUGAAUUAAUUCUCAAGAUUCAAAUAA